CGUGAGAGCAAGAACAGAGACUGAGAGAGACAGAGAAGCACGAUGGCUGCAUUCACAUGGAUUCAAAUGUCUUCAUUACUGAUACUGAUGCUUCAGUUUAAAGGAACAACUGAGCAAAAUCAAACUGUCACAGCUGAACGUGGACAUGAUGUUACUCUGCCUUGUAAAAAUGUGAUACAAGGUCAGCAUAACUGUAUCAGUACUACCUGGAUCUUCAGUGAUCCAAGCAGCUCAGUAUCACUCUUUGAAUUUGAGCAGUUUAAAGAAGUCAAACCUAAAUCAGACAGACUGAGUCUUUCUGCAGACUGUUCUCUGGUUAUAAAGAAGGUCACAGAUCAGGAUGUUGGUCGUUACACCUGCAGACAGUACAAAAAUGCAACAGGACCACAAGAAGGUCCAGACUUUAUGAUUCAUCUGUCUGUUAUUAACAGUGAAGAUGUGACAACAACCAAAUUAGCAAAAUCAACAAUUAAACCAACAUCAAAAAUAACAAACAUGUGGACAAGAAAAGAUGAAAUAAAGACAUCAGCAGGGACACUGACAACAGCAUCAAAUAUUCCAUCUGGCGUUCUCUCAGGGUUUAUCAUCGUUUCUGUGGGUUUAGCAGCACUCUUAAUAACUGUUGUGGUGAUCAUCAGAUGGAAGAAAACCAAAGAAAAUGAAACAAAAUGUGGCAACAACACUGAACUGAGCUUAAACUCUGCAGAUGCUCAGUCUGGGACCAGUCAGGACACUGGUGAUGCUGAUGAUGGUGUUCCCUACGCCUCCAUCAGCUUCACCAAGAAGACCAAGAAUAAAUCCAGGUCCCGUGGUGAUCAUGAUGAUGAUGAUGAUGACACUGUGACCUACAGCACUGUGAAAGCUUCUUCCUCACCUGCUGGAGUUUCCACUGAUCCCAACAACCUCUACUCCACCAUCAACUACCCAAAGACAUAGGAUGUUUCUCAUGCUAAGUUUUUUUAACUAUAUAUAAUUUUUUUCACUUCACUGAUUAGUUUUGGUAACUCUGGGUCAAAUAUUAAGCCUGAUUCUGUUUACUUAAGAAUACAAAGACUGCAGGAUUCCUAAAUUAGAUUUUUGCUUCAUACCACUGCAUGUGCUCAUAGAUUCAGUAUAUUACUUUGAAUAAGGUGAAUAUUAUUACAUUAAAAUUCAGCUUAAGGUUUCUUAAAUUGUUUCAAGUGGGUUUUUUCGAUGAUCCAAUUUUAGAAGUAGAAUAUGAAAACAAGCAAACCAAUAACUAAAACAAGACGAAGCCAAAAGUUUUUCAUAGUAUAUGGAUAAAAAUAACAUGUCUGUUUGCACAUGCCUAGUAUUUGGGAUUAAUUUCA